CUUGCGGUUGCCCUCCCCUCUCGGUGCUCCCCCGGCGCGCGUUGCCAUGGGCAAGAGCAGGACGAAGCGCUUCCGGAGACCCCAGUUCUCCCCCACCGGCGACUGUCAGGCCGAGCUGGCAGCGGCGGAGAACGGGACUGAGCCAGAGGAGGACGACGGGCCGGCGGCGGAGCUGCUAGAAAAGCCGAGAUCCCGGCCUCCCAAAACCCAUGCUGAUGAGACAAACAGGAGACCAGCGAACAGAAAUCUCAGUGCCUGUGGAGGUUUUGAAGUUUGCGAUGACAUGGUGACUAAGGAUAUCAUGACUCCUCUGGUGGCAUUGCUCAGAGAGUGUAGUGCUGGACUGGAUUCAAAUGAGAUGUCUCUAGGGGAAGAAAAAGAUCGGAACAGAAAUUCUGUUGAGAACAUAGCCAAUGAGGCCGUGAACGUGCUGUGGAAUAUAUGUGAAUGCAGUAGUAGAGCAGUAUCUAUAUUCAACAAAGAAGGGUGUUUGGAGAUUAUAUUAAAGUAUUUAAGUAGGUUUUCCACCAAUGUUGACCUGGCUAUUUCAGUAGCAUAUUGUUUGCAGACAGUAACUGAAGAUAACCCAGAGCUACUGAAAUCGUUCAAUGCCUCAGCAUUGCAUGUGCUGGAAUCAGCAAUGCUCUCUCCUGUCAGUUCCAUGGAAUAUAUUCUAUUAAAGACCCUGGUGGCAGGCACAGUUUGGAAUCUAAAGGACAUUAUCCCAUCCAAGAGUCAAGCAGAAAUCAUAAAUGCCAUCCUAAAGAUCUUAUCUGAGGUUUUGGAAAUGGACGCUGGCAAAAUGGUCAUUCAAAUGAAGGAGGCGGAAACGCAGAGGUUGAAAACCGCCGCAGAGACUGAGGAGGUGUUAGGGAAUGCCAACGGUGAUUGUGUGAUGGAAGGCGAUGAAAUGGAAGAAAGUCCUCGUAAGAGAAGGGUCAGAAGGAAAACUUUCAUUUCGGAUUUACUUCCACCCACUAACAAGGAACUGAGAGAGGCCACAGCACUGCUGACGGCGCAGCAGACCGCUCUGGAGAUUAUCGUCAACAUGUGCUGCAGCGAAGAUCCCUCUGACGACGAGUGGGAGGAAGAGCUCUCCAGCAGUGAUGAGAGUGAGGUGUUUAUGGAGAGUUCCCUCGGCGAGGGCGAGGGUGGUGGGCAGCUGCUGUCUCCCCUCUGCCUCUCCCACGAGACCCACGCCGCCCUCACCAACUUUCUCAUCCCCAGGAAGGUUUUUGAGAAAACUGCCUUUCCCAACAGCGUUGCCAUGGACAUGUGUUCUAGGAAUCCCACCUGGAAACCUUUGGUUAGAAAAAUGAACACUGUGCAGUGGCGAGCCCUCAUGUGUCUCCAGAGUCUCGUGUCCCUCCUGGAGGUGGAGCACCUGGGCGGAGCGCUGGCUCUCCAGGCCCUUGCGCAGCACUUGUCCACACUGCUCUUUUCUCAGCCAGACCUCGCCAAGCACGGUGACUUCCUAGAAGCCUUAAGUAGUGCGUUGAGGGCCCUUUUGCAAACAAUGGCCUCCAAGAACAUUUCUCAGUGCAUGACCCCGGAUCAGCUGAUGACACUGUGCAGAGCAGGCAUUCAGAGCGGCAAUGUCGGGGUGAGAGUGAACGUGGUUAGUAUUUUGGGAAUCACUGGCAGCGUCCUCGCCAAAGAGAAUGGUACACUUGAAACUCUCAAGACCAUUGGGUGCUUUCUGCUGGAGGUGGCGACCAAAGACCCUUCACUGGUGGUAGCAGGAGAGGCUCUGGACGCCCUCUUUGAUGUGUUCGCAGACGGCAAAGAAGCUGAAAGGGCCUCAGUUCAAAUUCAUUUGUUAUCUGCUCUGAAAGAAUUCCAGCCAGUCUUCAAGAUGAAGAUACGAAAAGAAGGCAGAGGUAGAUACAGUCCAGAUCAGCUGUGUGUGCUUAACAACAUAAAGAUGAACUUGAGAAGGUUUGUCGCUUACCAAGACACCGUCGAGAAAAGACUGACCACUUGAAUCAUGGAAAGAGCAGUCCUUGCCCCAAAGGCUUCAGUGCUGAGUGUUUCCGUUGAAUGUAUACGUUUCUGAAAGCCAUUUUCAGUGCCUGUAUUCUGUGUAUUAAUUUGAAGUUCCUAAGAACUUCAAAACAUGUGAGAAGCUCUCUUUUAGGCUCGGGGAUCUGGUGGCAUUGCUGGUGCUCUCUAAAUCGUGUUCCCAGCAUGCUUCAACCCCUGGAAAAGGGGAGAGUGGAAGCACAAAGGAUCCUCAGGUGGUUCUUGGGAGCAGUGAAGAAAUGUCACUGAAUUUUGCAAAAACAGGAAAAUCUACAUCAUUGCUUAGAUGCUCUUUUAAGUCAAUAUCAUUUUAUAUUAGCUGAAUUUUUAACUAAAAUUUGAACACAAGCUUUAUAAAAAAUUUAGGUAUGAAGUAUAUCAGUUAUGUUUACCUUUUAUGAAGUGAGUGAAUUGAGGUUUUAUUCCACUAGUAGAAUGUACAAUGAGCUAAUAAGGUCAUUGUCAUCCUCUAUAUAAAAAGAUCUGAUCAGUUAUUGCUUUGUAACCUCACUCCUUGUUUAAUUUGAUAUGUCAUCAAAACUGGGGGAAAAUAUUUUUUAAUAAAUAACUUUUUAAUUGAAA